CAACGACUGAAAACACGCACUGUAACCCACCUUUGGAUUGGGAUUGAUUGUGCGCAAGGCUCAAGCUUGAGAUCUGUACAAUAGCAAUAGCAUCUUCAGUCUCUUACCAUGGCUUCAUUAGUACAACGUCGUAUGCUUUCAAAGGCGGACGAGGAGGCAGCCGACGAGGUUGAGGUUCGACGUGAGGACCAGGACAAGAUCAACAGAUUCAGUCGCCUACACCAGCGAGAAAUCGUUUUGGAGGAGGAGCUGAACACAAAAACCAAGGAAAAGGAAGAGCUCGACGAUUUGUCCACCGAACUUGAACUCGCCGACGAGGACGAAAAGAUCCAAUACAAGAUCGGCGAUGCCUUUUUCCAUGUCUCGGUAGAGCAGGCUCAGGAGAUGCUGGAGGAAGCAACAGAGAAGCUUGAGGAAGAGUCAACAUCGUUGGAGGAGAAGCUAUCAUCCAUCCGCGAGGAGAUGACCAAGCUCAAGGUCGAGCUAUAUGCCAGAUUCGGAAAGCAGAUCAACCUAGAGACUUGAACAAAGAAAAUCGAAGCCUGAUAACCCCCCAAGAAACCAAAAAAAAAAAAAAAA